AUGGGGCCCCCGGGCAAUAGGAGAUCAUGGGGCCCCUGUGUCCUUGCCCAAACUCAAAAAAGCCUAUGAAAAAGAGUUUCUGUGUUAUAUAUCAUGUCUCUAUAGAAAUAAUUGGGUUUUCACCUAAAUACAGCAUUGAGGAUUUUAGCAUAAUGUCACAAAAUAUGAUGUAUGCGACAAUCAGGGGCGGACUGACAACUCAUGGGGCCCCCGGGCAAUAGGGGAUCAUGGGGCCCUGUGUCUUUGCCCAAACUCAAAAAAGCCUAUGAAAAAGGUACCAGGGGCAUCUCAUGGGGCCCCCUACUGACCCCGGGCUCUCAGGCAGUGCCCGAGUUCCCAAAUGGUCAGUCCACCCCUG